AUGCCUAGGUAUUUCCAGAACCUUGACAUGCUCAUGAUUUGUGUGUAUGCCGUGUGGAUGGGCAUUGAUGCUGAUUGGAACGACAAAAUGUUGAUCACCGAUGGCCAGUGGAUGUUCCAGACAGCGGACCAGGUCUUUUGCGUGUACUUUGUGGUAGAGUUGAUGAUUCGCUUCUUCGCCUUUACCAAUUGCUGGGACCGCAUUCGUGACCCAUGGUUUGUGUUGGAUUCCAUCUUGGUGCCGCUCACCAUUUUUGACACCUGGGCGCCGCAGCCGAACAAGUUGGGUCCGAAAAAUCCAGAGAUUGGUUUUUGGAAUGCAAGAUCAACUUUGUGCAGAUGCCAGGGGCAGGGGUGGGCAGAGUUUGACAGGACAGAGCCUUAUCAGUGUCCGAGCGUUAGAAGUAAUUUGGACGCGGUGCUGCUUAGUGGCCAGUAUCCACCAACUCUGACCUCCACCAACGUACUCAAUGGACUGAUUGAAAGCUCCUACAGUCUUCAACAUGAAAAAGACAGUGCCUCAGUGAGAUUGCUUUCUUAA